CGCAGGGGAAGGCGUGGCAGGAAGAGGGGAACUCUGUGGUCAGGGAGCCGCUGGUGGAGCACAGCUGCACAGCGUGUCAGAGCGCCUGUCGGGUCAGGCUUGCGGACCCCCAGCCCUGCCUGUCGGGUCAGGCUUCUGCGGACCCUCACCCCUGCCAGGAUGAUUCCCGCAGUACUCCUGCUCUUGCUCCUUCAGGUUCAACAAGCAGCGGCCCUGGGAGAGCCUCAGCUCUGCUACAUCCUGGACGCCAUCCUGUUUCUGUACGGUAUCAUCCUCACCCUGCUCUACUGUCGGCUCAAGAUCCAGGUGCGCAAGGCAGCCAUAGGCUAUGAGAAAUCAGAAGCCGUUUACACGGGCCUGAGCACCCGGACCCAGGAGACGUAUGAGACUCUGAAGCAUGAGAAACCAGCACAGUAGCUGCCCUUGGUCACGGCCUUCAGCUUCCAGUUCUCACAGCCCCUUGUGGCUGCUACUGCAUAUGCCUCCAUGCGAUUAACACCUGCUGGUCCUACCCCCGUAAGAGUGCUGUGCUCCAGAUUAAUGUACAUCAGUGGUUUCCCCUCCCUGUCAAAGACUCAGACGCUACUCAUUGAUGUUUAUAUUCUAGUCUCACUUCCUUGCCCCACCCUUCUCUUCCCAAUCCCCAACACCCACUUAACCAUGGGAAGGGAGUGUGCCCAAUAAAGCUGCCACGGACUGG